AUAAAUAAAAUUAAUUUAAUUUAAUUUAUUGAGGCACUGAAAUUGUCAAUAUAAAUCAAGAAAUUAAAGUUUAUCAAAUCAAUGAAUAUUUAUUGAAUUAUUGCUGGCAUUGAUGUGCUCUGUCUUUAGAGUAAACAAUAUUUUAAGCCUCUCAGUGGAACCAGCUUGAAGAGGGUUUUAGUCUUGCCAUAUGGCAACUUUAUUUAGGCUUAUGGGUAAUCUACAGUAGGAGUAAAGUGUUGCUCACCCAUGUUAUCUAUAUUUAUCUUAUUUGCCACUGUAAAGAAAUGUGUGAUGACUGCACAGUGCUGCUUUGGCACUGUCCUGCACAAGUAUCAAAUUUCCACCACUGCAUUACGCCACUGCAUGCUUUGCCUAGGACCAAGCGAGCAUGCCGGUUGCAGUGACAAAGUGAGAGACCAUUGGCUGUAAUUCUGAGAGAAAUCCUUAUAUUUAGUUUUUCCAGCAUACCUACUAGGUUGUAGUUUUUUAAUUAAUUUUGAUCCAUGAAUAUGCCACCUGGCUGGGCAUUGUUUUUAUCUAAUGUGACCAGUUAAUGAAGAAACCAAAAUGUAUUUUUUCUUCUAGAGAGCAGCCGGAGAAUAGGCAUGAGAUGACAUGACCUUUUGGUUGUACGGGUGUUUGAGAACCUUUGGACUAGAACAUCACUAUGCUAGGUUCAUUUUGUUGGGUGUUUUUCAUGCAGACCACCUUUGAGCAUUGAAAAUAGAGGAUAAUCCUCUCCUAGGAAUUCGCUCAAUGGAAGAUUGGAUCCAACUUUUCCAUUUGGUCAACUUUGACAAAAAUAUUAACCCAAACUACGGAUGUGAUGCUCAGGACUUUAUACCAAUAAAUGGGAAACUCAGUCAAAAUUCCCAUGAAACUUCGGAAGACAAAGUGAGAAAUAAAUGUAGAAAUUCUCAGGAAAUCACGGAUACGUUACCUUUUAAUGUUUGCAGACGUCUCAUCUUAACUAAUGAAAACUCAGCCAACGUGAGGCUGUUGUCUGGUCUAUCUAGUCUUACACUAUCUAGUCCUGUUAUUUAUGUCAGUCAAAGUCAUGAUGUAGAAGAUGGUUCAAUGAAAGUAAGCAGAUUGAACAAACCUGUACAGCUUGAGAUUGAUGGCAAACAUCUGGGAAAAUGUGUCCGGAGAAGGACUAAGAAAUACAAACUGGAGGAUAAUCGUUCUCUGGGUAAUGAUCAUAAUAAUGACACCAUAAAGUCAGAAUUAACAGGAGGAAUUCGGAAGUUUAACUGCGAUACCAUAUCAACAAAGAACAGCAAGAUAUUACACAGCCCUGCACACGUGACACCAGAGUCGUGUAAGAAAACAUUUGAAAAUAAAUGUACAAAAGUCUCCACAAAAGAGAAAAUGUUGAAUUCAAGCUUGACUAAGCCCCCACCUGUACAUGGAGCAAAGACAACAAACAGCUACAGCAAUAUUCAGGCCUGGAGUUCUCCCUUUGCUUCAAACAAAAAACAGACUGUUGGGCAACAAAUUACUGUUUGUGUGAGGAAAAGACCUUUGUCACAUGCAGAGUGCAAAGGAGGAGAAGUUGAUGUUGUGACAGCAACAGACGGACAGUGUGUAAUUGUACAUGAAAGCAAAGAAAGUGUGGAUCUUACACCCUACAUAUUACAGCAAAAGUUUUACUUUGACCAUGUUUUUGGGGAGGAAAGCUCCAUCAAGGAAGUAUAUCAGAAAACAGCUUAUCCUCUGGUGCAGCACAUGUUUAGGGGGUAGAGGAAAUGCCACAUGCUUUGCAUAUGGACAGACAGGGGCGGGGAAGACCUACACCAUGCUGGGGUCAUCCGCUGUUACACCUGGUCUAUACACUCUGGCAGUUCAGGACAUCUUUGCUCACCUGACCACUGCACAUUCAUACCCACCCCUCCUGGUGUAUGUUAGUUUCUUUGAAAUCUACUGUAGUCAGCUGUAUGACCUGCUGGAUCACAGAAAAAGGUUGUUUGCCAGAGAAGAUGGACAGAAAGUCGUCCAUAUUUCAGGGCUGCGUGAAAUCAGAGUGGACUCUGCCAAUUCCCUACUAGAGGUGGUUUCAAAGGGAACAGCACAACGAACACAAGGAGUGAGUGGUGUAAAUUCACUGUCCUCUCGCUCCCAUGCUUUACUUCAGAUUCAACUGAGAGAGCCAAACCAGCACACAGCGGGAAGAAUGUGGUUUGUGGACCUGGCAGGAAGUGAAAGAGCAUCAGAUGCCAAAGAACGAGACAAGCAGAGACGAAUGGAGGGAGCAGAGAUCAACCAGAGUCUGUUGGCUCUCAAAGAAUGUAUUCGUUCUCUUGAUAAAAAGGCCUCUCACACACCUUUUCGACAGAGCAGGUUGACUCAGGUUUUGAAAAACUCCUUUGUUGGUGACUCAAUGACGUGUAUGAUCGCCAACAUUUCACCUGGACACUCAGCAACUGAGCACACGCUCAACACGCUCAGAUAUGCUGAUCGGGUAAAGGAGUUGAAAAGAAAAGGAGAUGUGAUGGGAAAAAAAGGAAGGAAAACAACAUUUUGCCAUGAACCCAACCUGAUCCAUAGCAGUUGCAGCACUGCUUCCACCCCUGUAAAGACAAAGUUAGCAAAACAAAGCAUGCCACUUUGUACCAAUCCUCCCACAACUAGAUUCCAUCCAAGAGGUGCACCUCCCCACUCAACACCAAAGAAUAACAGAUGUGGAGAGAAAGCACAAGCAAAAGAAAAGCAAACGGUUGGAAAUCAUCGUGUCGGAGGUUGGUUGGGACAUGGUGAAAUAAAGCAUCAGUAUAAAAGUGCAGUCGAAGAAGAUGGAACUACAAUAAAAACAAAAAGUACUGACAAAUGUUUGGUUAGGGAGAAUAGUAUCAGGCCAGUUUUGGUGAUAAGACAGCAAAAAGAAGAGAACCAACAUGUGGGGGAAACCUGCACGAGUUGUGCAGCUUUUCCUAAAUGUGAACCUGGAUUCCACAACAGAGACAAAACAGAGAGCCACCUGUGGACUAUGCAAGUUAGAAAAGAAGAGGAGAUUCAAUGGAUUCCUCCAGGAAUGCAAUGGGAAAGGACCCCAGAGAUGAGCUCUGUGCUAAAAACUCCAAAUGAAAGAGACUUGCAAAGGCCUGAUGAUGAGAAAAAGAUGCACUUAAGACGAUAUCAUCAACAGCUGCAACAGUUUGUGCCUUCAUCUGUCCAGUUCUUGUCAACCUCCACAUGUCCAUCUAUUACUUUUCUAACAGACUCACCAUAUUCUUCAGUUUUGAUCCAAAUGCAAGAUGACUGUGAAAAGACAUCAGAUGCACACUCAGCCAGUGUAAAACAUGAAGCCUGCACAAACGCCACUGGUAGGGAUGGUGUGGACGGCAGGUGUGGAAGUGAUGAAAACUGGGGGGAAACUUUGGAAAGAAUAAAUAAGGAACAAUACAUUUUUGAAAGGAAAAUAAGAAGGUCGACUGGUUCAACACAAGAAGCAAGAGUAAGGAAGGAGGAAAGUAGGAUAGCUAGAAUGGAAGAGGAAGAUCAGAGGUGGGUUUGGGAGGCAGUUGCCAAAGCAGGUGCAAUACCAACAAGUGAGGAGACACAACAGUUUUACCGCUGUGAUUCAGAAGAAAGAAAAGUGGGUUUAGAAAGUGCAGUGUGGAUUAACAGGCACAGAAGGACAUCUGCCUGCUUAGAGGCUCUCCACUCCAGAGCUAACAGCAAUUGUCAGUUUGACUCAUCCUUUGAGCGAACUCUGGCAGAAAAACCCAUCUCCCCAUCAAGAGAUCACACUGACACACUCCAUACCCUAGAGAAGGUUCACUUUGAAUCAAAGCUGUUUGGACACAAUGCCAGAACUAAUAUUUUAGAAUUGCAAAAUAAUGUACAGGUGGCACCAUUAGGUCACGACAGAGAGAAGAAACUAUGCUUGGAGUCUCUCAAAAGUAGAAAAUGUUCGCAUAAUACAUCAGCUACUAAAGAGGAACAGAAUGAAAGUAAAAUGCAAAUAAAUAAAACAAUGAUAUCAGAAAACCUGGAUUUUAGUCUGAACCUAAACUGUCCUAAAACAGAAGAUAAUACAAAGGAAACUGUGGUAAAAGGUUUUUCACAUGCAGACGUAGAGGAUAUUUUAGAAUAUAAAGGCAAAGAAAUUCUUUUGGAGCUGCCUCAAAGAAAAACGUUCCACCCUACAAACAGCGACACUGUUACGGCUGCAAAUCAGCCUCAGGAACAGAGCAACACUCAGAGAAAUGCCUGUGGAAUGGGUUUGCACAAACCUCAACCUCCUGGAUUUAGACUGGCUUCUUUUCAGCACAAAGACAAUGGUGUGAAAAAGGUAAUCGAAACAUCAGCCUCCGACACCAGUGUUAUUGCAUGUCUGCAAAAACCUGUUGAGUCACCAAGGAUGCAUGCAUUUCCUUUGGAGACACUAAACCAGGCCGAGUGGUGUGUGGCUGAAGCCCACAUGGAGCUGCUGAAGGGGAUGGGAAAGUUGGGUCUUGAAGAGGAGCACCUUCUCUCCCACCAAAGUGAUAUGGCUUUUGGUGAAUUUGUUAACAAAUUGGAGGAGAUCAUGGAGAGGAAGGUAAACUGCAUACAAAGUAUGAGAGCUCAGCUACAGCCAUAUCUGAAGGAAAGCCACCCCCAAUAACAAGAGAAUGUUUCUGACUUAAUUAAGUGAAGUUAUAAUUUUCCAGAAGCAAGACUUCUAGUUUAACCGCCGUUACAGCAUAUUAUUUAAAUUUGAGGUGCACAUUUUUCAUUCCAUUUAUACACUUCCAUUUGUAUCAGUUAAACAAAUUUAAAAAUGUGUUUCAUGUUGAAGUGGUGUGAAUGGUUUUGUUAGACACAAGGGUUGAUCAAGUAUUUUUUUUUUGCAUGUAUACUUAAAAAGGGUAUGUGUUGGGUGUCAAAGGUGGAUUUCAGAGAAGAAAAAAACAAAAAUGUUGUUUUUGUUUUGAGAUAUGGAAUGCAUUUUAGUUUCUUAGAAAUUUCUUUUAUACUGCUUAAAACUUAUUUUAUUAGUUAAAAAAAUUGAAACUUGCCUUUGAAAUUAGUUUGAGUUUGUGAAAUUAUAAAAUGUAUGUACCGGUAUUUAUUUUGUGAAAUGAGUGUAAUUUAACUCUGUUGUGAUGGGUUUUCUUUGUUUUUUCUUGUUGAUUGUUUUUGUUAAAUGUGUGGAUUUUUAAUAAAAAUAAAUAGU